GUCCUUCUAUCUCGACAGGCCUGAGGUCAUUAACGGUUGCCAUGUGAUCUUCGCGAUGAGAUACGGAGGCUGGGGAUUUCGAGCAACCCAGUUGUGCUUCCGCUCGAGACAAGCAUCCCACCGUGUGCUCACGUGGACGGGACCUGAUCAGAUCUUCGACCGGGAACGGUAAUAAUGGCUCAUGUUUCGCCACCGAGUCUGCCACACAGCAAAUGAAUUAUGCACGGGAUUCGCCAUGAAGAGCGUACUCCAAAGUCUAUUGAUAUGCGCCAUGUUCUUCGGGAUGUGGCGUGGACUAACCAAGAAUUCACUUGCUGUCGGGUCCUGGUCGUCGACUCGCGCGAUCUGGUGAGCUUUACGCGACGCUCUCAUUGGCCGUCGAGUGGACGCUGUUCGCGAUCGCGGGGGCGUCACGAAAAGUUCGGUCGUGUGCCGGUUAAGGGAUUGCCAGCUAUUCGAAUCCCGACCCGGUUGAUCUGGAUCGUUCCUGAUAGAGAUAACGAGACGCUUGCGAGUGUCUGUGUCCACAGAUCUAGACGUCCUCGUGACACGCCCGAUGAAGGAAAGAGAAGUAUAAGUAGGGACAACGCAGGUCCAACAGGGAUCAACCCUCUCCUGUGCGUCCACAGCCCUUUCUCAUGUGCCAGCAAGAAUACCAUGGAAACCUGUACCGAGGCUGUGGAUGUUUCGAUGUGAUUUACCGCGGUGACAGGCUCGACUGCAUGCAGCCUGAUUGCAGAGCCAGCAUGGCCCACGCCCAUCAAGGCUAUUGCCGGUGCCCACAGGCGAUGAUCACAGAAUCCAGACGCAUUAUCAAUCUUUUCCGGCCGAUGUGCGAUCAGCAUCGAGUAGAGCAGUGGGAUGCAACGAGGGGCCGAGGAAGAUAGGCAUUUGUAGCAACAGUAGCGAGGGUAUAACUAUCUUGUCUCUAAAAACGCUUUCCACCGC